CGCAGCCUCUGCCGGGUCUCGCGCGCUAUGACGGCCCGCGCGGAGCCGCAGGGUAGGCGGCCCGGAGUCGGGGUAGGAGUAGUGGUGACUAGCAGCAGGCAUCCUCGUUGCGUCCUCCUGGGGAAGAGGAAAGGGACUGUAGGAGCCGGCAGUUAUCAACUCCCCGGGGGCCAUUUGGAAUUCGGUGAAACGUGGGAAGAAUGUGCUCAAAGGGAAACCUGGGAAGAAGCCGCUCUUCGCUUGAAAAAUGUUCGCUUUGCCUCAGUCGUGAAUUCCUUUGCUGAGAAAGAAAAUUACCAUUAUGUGACAAUACUAAUGAAAGGGGAAGUGGACAUGACUUAUGAUUCAGAACCAAAGAACACAGAGCCUGGAAAAAAUGAAAGUUGGGAAUGGGUUCCCUGGGAAGAAUUUCCUCCACUGGACCAGCUUUUCUGGGCACUGCGGUGUUUAAAGGAACAAGGCUACAAUCCAUUUAAAGAAGAUUUAGAUCACCUGGUAGGAUACAAAGGUCAUCAUCUCUAGGGGAAGAAGAAGAUAACCGGAUAUACUUUGAAAAAACAAAAUAAGGUUCUGUGAGAGAAUGAAAAAUAUCUACAUUUCAGAACAACUCCAUGUUAUGUAAAAACUUCUACAUGGUUGCCAGUUGAUUUCCCGCCUUUUAAUUUACCCACCACCCUUUCAGCCAGUACUUAUGAAAAAUUUGCCGGCAUGAUGUCAUCAAUUGCAUUUCAGACUCAGAAAAUGUGGUGAAUGGUGAUAUUGUGGCAAUUCUGCUUUCUGUAUUUUUCUGUGAUAUUUACUGUGCAGUUUGUCAUUACCAGCCUGCCUGGCAUGGAGGGCUAUAGAAUUUGCCCUAGUGUUUCUGUUCAAAUAGAGAUCCUAAUUCAGAUGCUAACACAGUAUGCCUGUUGCGGAAUUUAUCACAUUUCCUUGUCUGUGACUUCCUUGUCUGUUGACUUUCCUUGUCUGUUUUAUUUAAAACAAAUUUUUGGUACUAUAGUGUGACAGUCUUUGCAAUUGGAGUGACAGGACAGGUCAUUAGGGUAUAUUUCCCAGGUUUCUGAUUCAGAAGCUACCUCAAGUGAAGUGAGACAAACUGUCUGAGAUAUUAUACUGUCAUUAACAGGCCAUGGACUUUUGGAUUUCUCACAUAAUCUUUGUGAGAUCCAGCUUCCUUAUAGGUAAAAUGAGAUUAGACUAGGGCAGUGGUCCUCCAGGUGAGGUCUGGGGAGGUCCAUGAGACCCUUUCAAGGGCACUCAAGGUCAAAGAUGUUUUCAUAAUAGGCAGGACAUUAUUUUCCUUUCCCAUUGUCAUUCUUUCAUGAGUGUACAGAGAAGCUGUCCAGAGGCUUCUGGAUGUGUGGUAUUGUAACAGAUUGAAUUUAAGAGGAAACCAGGCAAGCCUUAUGGAUGAAACCGUUCCAUAGGUUUAUCUCAAAUAUAGUUGAUUAGGAAUUCAUUGAUUCUUCAGGUUAGUGCUUAUCCAAGCAGGUGUCUUAUAGCUUCAAAAACUUACCACAAAAUAGAGUUUUUCCAUGUCUGCUACUUUAAAUUCUUAAUGGACAGGUUCAUUAGGAGCUUAUCAGAUUGUUUUUUUUUGUUUGUUUGUUUUAAAUACACAUAAUUAGAUAUGAAGGUUUAUGGAAAGAAAAAACUAACCUGGGCUAUAUGUGGAAUUUGAGAAACUCAACAGAUGAACAUAGGGGAAGGGAAGAAAAAAUAAGAUAAAAACAGAGAGGCAAAUCAUAAGAGACACUUAAAUACAGAGAACAAACUGAGGGUUGUUGGAGGGGGAUCUGAGGGAGAGGUGGAUUAAAUGGGUGAUGGGCAUUAAGGAGGGCAUUUUGCGGGAUGAGCACUGAGUGUUAUAUGUAAGAGAUGAAUCACUGGGUUCUACUUCUGAAGCCAAGACUGUACUGUAUAUUAAAUAGCUUGAAUUUAAAUAAAAAUAAAAUGAGAUGAAAUUUAAAAAAUAAGUAUUUUCAAUAAAAUGGUGAAAAAAAUUUUUUUAAGUUUCAUGUUAGAAGGGGAUUGCAUUUUCCCCAGCACCUAAUAUGCUCCAUUGGCAUCCGUAAUCACUCAGUAAAUAUUUCUCUAAGCAGAUGACUGGAGGAUUUAGAACUCUUAGGUAAGCAGUUAAUUCUUAGAUGGUUUGAGAAUUACCUUUAAUGGAAAAAAACUAAUGCUGACUACUAGCAAUAUUCUCAUACAAUUGAAUGUCCGCUACAGUUCCUGAAGUAUGCCUCGCUCUGCCAGGACACUGGGGUGUCUGAAAUAUCUCUUCCUUCAUCUGUGUGCCAGGUCAAUCCCUGAGGUGUCCUGUAUCCCCUGAUAAGCAAGUGCAGUAUCCUAGCAAAAACCCUCCCAGUGGAGCAUGUGGUGAAUUCAGCCUCCCUUGGAGAAACAGUUCUUUAAUAGCUAUCCAAAUAAGGCAAAUGCUUGCAAAUAAAAUACUGUCUUUGGGGCAGCAAGAAUCACAUUAACUGAGAACUGUGGAGAAGGAAAGCUCAGGGAAUCAUCUACGGGGGAGAAAACAAAGUCUUCUUCCAACAUAAGAUCAGUCAUAUCAAUGCUGCCUUUUUAAAAAAUAAUUCAAUUAUUCAUGUUGUACUUAGAAGCCAGUGCUUUGCUUGAGUAGCCUUUGUGAAGAAUGCAAAUAAAGAUAACAGGACACAAUGACUGAGAGGCAUGGACCAAGCCUUCCGCUUUAUGGACUUGACAAAGUGAACACGUGAGUCCAUAGUUAAGAUCCUCCAUAAGCAUUUAGUUUAUACCUACUGUGUGCCAAGUACUAUGAUAGGUACUUAAUUAUAUUGUAAGUUGAAUCUAUCACAUUUAAUCCCAAAUUUCCAUUCUAGAUUUCCCAUUUUUAGUAUGCUAUGUUUAAGUAUUUGGCUUUUUGCCUAAUAAUAAUGCUCAAUAGCUCUGUAUGCAAUGACAUAGGACUCCUCAUUUUACUUAUCAGAACAGAUCAUGGGCAGAAGGAACAAAGUAGCAGGCAGGCAAGCCAAGCUGUUCACCAGCUUGUUUGACUUCAUCCUCCUGUCCUCUGUUCUUUUCCUUCUUUACAGAUUCACUUUCCACCCAUUGUUGAGGACUCUCCAAAAGACAUUAUGUACAGCUCGGACCUUUUUCCUAAGCUUCAGACCCAACCACACACCACCCAUCUCUACCUGAGCUUUUCCGUCCUUCUAAUUUGUUAUGUUCCAAACUGAAGUUGCCUUUGUAUUCCUCUCCAGGAAUGACUCCAUCAUCUGCUGAAUUGCUCAAAUUAGACUCCCUUCCCCCACGUAAAGCAGCCACCAUCUCUUGUCCAUUCUGUUUCUUUCAUGUCUUCUGAAUCCAUGUCCCGUGAGGUUGUCCCAGCUGCCUCUCCUCUGGUACAGGGGUGCUUGUCCUCUUUUUCCCAGACUGCGCCUGCAGUUUUUACCCCUCCAACUAACUGAUUGAGGUCAAAUACACAUGACAUAAAAUUUAUCCGGACUUAUUUUUGACAGUAUGCCUAGAGUGCCUUUUCAGAAAAUUAAAUCUCAUGGUCAUUUGGCUUGUUUCCAAUUGAGGCUGUUACAAAUAAGGCUGCUAUGAGCAUGUGUGCAUGCUUUCUUUAG